AUGGGUCCUGUCUGGCUUCUUCUUCUGCUCCCAUCCUUCCUCAGAGCCCAGGUGACUCCAGACUCCACAUCAGGAGUCCCCGUGGAGGCAGUCAACACCACUGACUCUUUAACAAACAGCACAAGAACUUCAGACACCUCCACGCCCCCCUCCAGCUCCUUCAGACCCCCAGAGCCUUCUGGGUUUGCAGCCACGCCUUCAGAACCUCCCACACAGGAGGAGGAUGACUGGUCAGUGGCAGAGACCUUCUUGUACACCGGAGACGCCUCCGCUCUGGAAGUGGCUCGCUGCUCACGGGCGUACAGCUCACCUGGGCAGACCGGAUCCCUGCCCCUCAGCUUCAGCGCCCCCCUCCGGCCGGCUCUGGACGCACUAGCCGGUACUGCCAACUUCCUCAACAUGAUCUUCCAGGCCAGUGAUCUGCGGGAGAGCACGGUGCAGGAGGACAUGGAGUGGUACCACGCCCUGGUCCGUGCCCUCCUGGAGGCCGACGUGCUCAUCCAGCGGGCCCUGCUCACCUUCGAUGCCGACCCCACCACCCCGGUGCCGCAGCUGGUGCUCUGCGCCACCCGCAACCCGACAGCCAAGGUGCAGACCAUCCUUCUGCAGGACUUAUCCAAGGCCUGGGAGAGCCUGCACCCACCUGCCCCGGCCCCAGAUGACAGCUGGUUCAGAAGCUUUAAAUUCCCAGAGUCCAACCAGCCGAUGGCGACCCUGUCCAAACGGGUGCUCCUCAAUGACCUCAACACCUUGGACACGCCCAAGUGGGGGCAGGGUGACAGCUAUGUGACCAAUCGUAGCGGGGUGCGCUGGGGCAGCGCCCCCUUCCUGGACUGCAAGGACGGACGCUUCGUGCCAGGCUGGAUGCUCACGCUGUCCACAUCUUUCUACGGCCUCAAGCCCGACCUGACACCUGAGUUCAGAGGUGUGAUCCGUGUGGACGUCACCAUUCAGGACAUUGACUUGGACCAGUGUGCAACAGGGGACAGCUGGUUUGCUGAUACGCACCAGUGCAACCGCACCACCAUGGAGUGCGUCCCGAUACCAGGCCGGGGCUUUCGACUGGGUCAGUACUGCUGCCGCUGUAAAGAGGGCUACUACAACCCUGACAUAGCCCCUCAGGACUCAGAUGGUGGCCCCGUGAACGGGAGUGAGGGCGGCGGUACGUGUUACCCGAACAUGCCCAUCUGUCUCCCGUGCUGGCCGGGCUGCAAGAGCUGCCAGGACAGCGCCCCCUGCUGGGUGCAGGAGGACUGGCUUCUCAGGGCCGCCGUGCUGGCCGUCCAGGGGGUCUUCAUGCUCCUCAUCUUCGUCAGCAUGCUGGCGGCCUACAGGCAUCGUCGAAACCGGAGGAUCCGGGCGUCCGGCCUCCUGCUGCUGGAGACGAUCUUGUUCGGCUCCCUGCUCCUCUACUUCCCGGUUUUCAUCCUGUACUUCAGGCCCAGCACCUUCAGGUGCAUCCUGCUCCGCUGGGUCCGAAUGCUCGGCUUCUCCAUCGUCUACGGCACAGUCACACUGAAAAUGUACAGGGUGCUGAAGGUGUUCCUCUCGCGCACGGCCCAGCGGGUGCCCUACAUGUCCAGCCUCCACCUGCUGAGGAUUCUGGGAGUGAUGCUGAUGACGGUCAGCUGGUUCCUGUGCGCGUGGACGGUGGGCGUCCUCCAGAACCGCGACAGGAACAUCCCGGUGUUCGUCACCACCACCACCUCCGACGGACAGGGGUUCAACCUGUGUUACCUGGACCGCUGGGACUACAUGAUGGCUGUGGCCGAGCUUCUGUUCCUGUGCUGGGGAAGCUCUCUGUGGACCACCGUCAGGCCGGUCCCCUCGGCCUUCCACGAGCCUCGCUACAUGGGCAUCGCCAUCCACAACGAGCUGCUUCUCUCCUCCAUGUUCCACCUGUUUCGGUUCACCUUUCCCUCUCUCCAUCCUGAUUGGAUGUUGCUGCUCUCCUUCAUGCACACCCACGUCACCAUCACUGUGACACUCGCCCUGCUCUUCAUUCCCAAGUUUCUUCAUGUGUCUAAACCUGGGAGAGAGGAGAUUGCAGCAGAGGUGUAUGAAGAUGAAGUGGACCUGCGGCGCUCCGGCUCUUACCUUAACAGCAGUUUUCACUCUGCUUGGAGUGAGCACAGCGUGGACCCGGAUGACUUUCGGGAUGAACUGAAGAAGCUAUAUGCCCAAUUGGAAGUCCACAAGACGAAGAAGAUGACCGCAAACAACCCUCAUCUGUCAAAAAAGAGAAGUUCUCGAUGUGCUUUGGGGAGAUCCAUUAUUAGACGCAUUGCUGAGAUCCCAGAAACCAUGAGCCGACAGUGCAGCCGUGAGGAGAAAGAUGCAUCUUUCCGCAGUAGAAGUGUGUAUCUGUCUGACUCUUUUAGGGCCCCAGAUACCAUCAGUAUCAGUUACAAAAGUUCAAUUAAAUCACCAUCACCAUCACCAUCCAUGCGCAAGUCCCAAAGUGAUCAUCACUAUGUCAGGGAAAGAGACUCUCCCUUGCGUGACUCCAUGUUAAAGGCCAACAUUGUGAAAAGAUCCUCCCAGCGAUCUGAGACGGACUCCUUGGAUAUUCCACCAGGGGUCUGUAAGUCGGCCAGUGCCCAGAAUCUGACAAUUGAUACCAAUCUUUUGCAUCCUGAUCACAUCAGGCUUCAUAAGUCCUGGAGUCUAACCUCCAAUACCUCCCACUCUAUGGAGAAUAUACCUAAGGUUAACAGAGCCAGCACAGUUCUGACAAGAUCCAGGCAGAGCAUUUCCAUUAGUGACCAGACCAGGAGUGCUCUCCAGUCAGAGUCAUAUGACAAGGCUGAGGUCUGUCCUUGGGAGGUAGAGCAAGAACCAUCCAGCGACAAGAACCAGAAGCAUGUCACCUACGCAAACUCUGAGGAUGGUGAGGAAAAAAGGCCAUCAUCUCCACUGGCUCUUGUCUGUCCCUGGGACCAUUUACCACCUGUAGAAAAGACUCCUUCGGGGGACAAAGGACAACAAGCUGAAACUGAGUCGCCCAAACCACAAGCUCCUGUGUCUGCAAGUGCACCAGGCUCUCCAAGACCAAAGGUCACAAAAGAUCAGCGCGUCUUCUCUUUCCGCACCACCACAGGCAAGUGGCUCUCUGUGAAAUCAAUUAUGGGAUCAAUGGAUGCAGGAAGCAGAUCCAGUAAGGAUGGAAAUUUAAAUAGAGAGGAUUCUGUCUCACAAAAAAGUCAGGAAAGUGCUUCCACAACACCAAGAUCAGACAGAUCUAGUAGACGUCCAAGCAUGGAAAAGAGGUCACUGCAGAAAAGAAGUAUGACAACAGCAGAAGGAAAACCAUGCCUUGUGAAGCAGAAUGCAAUCAGACUGUCUUCCGGGGACUCUUCAGACAGAAGCCCAAGAAGGCUAGUGAUCGUAAAGUCUGCCGUCUACCCUUGGGACAUGGAAGAUGUGCAAAAAGAUGGCACCUAUGAAAAUGUGUUUUUAUCAAGGCAAAACAGCAAACGUGGUAGUAUAACUUCGUGGGAAACUGCUUGCAGCUCUAGAACUCCUUCAACUCACAGAAGAGGUAGUAUUCGAAUUACACCAGUCCGUAAUGUUUCUCAUGCAGAUGUGUGUCCAUGGGAUGGAGCUGGUACUUUGCAGCAAGGAGAGGGACCAAAGAAGCAGCAGAGCAUUAAAGCAGAUGUUUGUCCUUGGGAAUCGCAGGUAUCUGAACGAUCUAAUGUAUGUCCAUGGGAAUCUCAAGAGCAAGGGAAUGUGAAAAGACAAGGAAGUGGUCGUGGUGACGUGUGUCCCUGGGAAUCGCAAGGUAUUCCAGUUAUUUCUCAUACUACUCUGUCUCAAGAUUCACAGACACAACAGUCUUUGAAACAUGUAGCAGAUGUAUGUUCCUGGGAGGCUGCUGAAACUGCCCAACCUUCAAUAAGAAAAGAUAAUGAAUAUGCUAAUGUUUGUCCUUGGGAUGUUCAGGACAAGGCUGAAGUUGUGUAUGAAAACCUAAAUCCUUUGGAGACCAAGGGAACGCUGACGGUGCCCCUUCGACAAGAGGUUAUGAAACCUGCCAUGUACCCUAGUGAAUCAAAUGAAAUGUUGAAUAAUGAGCAACAAUACCAUGCAAAAUCGCCUGCCCUUAAUUGGGGUAAACAAGUGACCAAGACAGUAGCAAGUUGUCCAUGGGAUUUCCCUGAUCCUCCUAAAAUCAUGGAAGAUAUUUGUCCAUGGGAAGGGGGAAGCACAGAGCCAACAAAUACAUGCUCAACUUCACAAAUGACCAUAAAGGUAGAUAUAUGUCCCUGGGAAACUGGAAGUCAAGACAAACCAGAAGACUCACAAGAAGGUGUCUCGCCUUUGAAAGCUACGUUGGCACUAACUGAAGGGAAAGACAGUACAAGAGUAAAUGUGUGCCCCUGGGAAACUGAGCCCCCUGAAAAAACUGCAGCUACCAAGAUGGUGUCAAAAGGACUUGAAACACAGGCAGAUGUUUAACCGAAAGUUCUCAAAAAGCAAGAUAGCCCUCGGGCAGAUGUUUGUCCGUGGGAGACAGAAGAACCAAAAGCUCUCAAAAAGCAAGAUAGCGGUCGGGCAGAUGUUUGUCCGUGGGAGACAGAAGAACCAAAAGUUGUGGAAAAGCAAGAUAGCGGUCGGGCAGAUGUUUGUCCGUGGGAGACAGAAGAACCAAAAGUUCUCAAAAAGCAAGAUAGCGGUCGGGCAGAUGUUUGUCCGUGGGAGACAGAAGAACCAAAAGUUCUCAAAAAACAAGAUAGCGGUCGGGCAGAUGUUUGUCCAUGGGAGACCGAAGAACCGGAUAUUGUCAGAAAGCAAGACAUUGCUGGAGCGGACAUUUGUUUGACGGAUCCACAAAUGUCAAUCGAAGACAAAGUUGAUAUUCCCAACAGUGAGAAAGAUGAAGUCACAGAGAACCAGGGCCCAUUAAGUGUAGAAGAGACUCCAGCUGACAUCAGCACAGACCAGAUUGAUGAGUCUAAAGCAAACUUAGCCCUGGGCCGGCGUGAUGCUUUGUAUCCCUGGGAGAUGGUAAGGAGCAGAUCUGGUUCAUUCACAGACAAUGCCUCGGACGUUUUUACAUGGGAGCCUGAGAAUAUUCUUGAAGAAGAUGAAGAGGACGAUGCAGAAUGUGCUGCUGAAGCUCUUGUAUUUCCACCUGACUUGUGA